GAGGUGGUUGACGACGAUGAAUCUGAUCGCGCCGUUGCCGCCCUGAAGAGGGAAGGCAGAGAAUGGAGGAACGACUCCAAGUACAAGGGCAGCCGCCAGCCUCCGCUCGGGGUUCGCCUGGAACACGUCCUCAACUUCCUGCGUGAGGAGGAUGCCGACCGCUGCCUGAACUGGGAAUCCAAGCUCCAGGAGAUCUCCGAGUACCUCCGGUGGCUCAGCAAAGACGACCCAGACCGACAGUUGGAGGCGUGCGGUCUCGAGGUCCAGAAUAUGUACCGAGACGCCAUCGACAAGGUCCGAGUCCACGAGCAAUUCCAGAAGUUCCACUACACGCCCACCAGAUUGGAAUUCCAGAAGACAACCCUGCCGAGGCCAUCGGGGCGCCUGGACUGGAUGGGUUGUAAAAGAGAUCACCCGAUGCGCUUCACAUCCAAGGCGCCAGAUGAGGAACUUCGUUUCCGGUCCGUCAUCACUCGCCGAAUCAAGCCUACCAACGUCAUGAUCCCUAUUGGGAGCAAGGAGGGCGAGGAAUUCCGCAGCAGCUUCCGUGAAUCUCAGGAGAAAUUCUUGUGGGGGGAGGUAAAUGAGGUCAACAGGGAGGACAAUCUCUUCCUGAUGGAGAAUGACACGUACGAAGACAUCGCCACCAAGCAGGUCGGCUGGGUCGUCAAGGACCCUUCGACCGGCGAGAAAACCCUCCCGGACGGCACCCCCCUGCUGCCCAACGACUACUUCUCCCUGGCCAAGGAGCGCGGCGCCCGACGCGCCGGCCUCCAGCAAGCGCUGCGGUCCUUCAACGCCGUCGAGCAUAAGAUGCUGAUGACGCCCUGGCGCCGCGUGCACCUCCCGCUGGAGGCCGCGGAGCUGGACGAGGUCCGCCACGAGAUCGGAAAGAACCUUCACUGGAAGCCGUUCCGGCUCGGCGGCGGCGAGAUGCCGUUCCAGCUCGAGACGGCGCCGUACACGUACUGGUGGCACGAGUUCUGCAAGAAGCGUGAGGAAUUGUGGGAGAGAGCCCGCCCCUCCGCUGACGUUCUCCAAGGGGGCCUCCGCGCCUGGGCGAACGUACCGCCGAGCGGCUCCUAUGGCGGCGCCUUCGUCUGGCGCAUGGUCGACCCGGACGUCGAGGUCGCGCAGGACCAGCUGCGGGAGUGCGAGAAGGCGGCGAAGAUGCUGGCGGCCGCACGUCAGAGGAGCGGGGAGCGACGGGAUCUGAUGGUCUUCGUCAACGCUGCCUGGUCCAAUGCGGCGAAUGGCUCCUACGGCCUCGACGGGAGCUCGCCGCCUCCGUACAUCCAGCUUGACCCUAGCGACUGGGAGAAUGAAAAGCCCGGGACGAGAGUCAAGGCUAUUCUACCCGAGGAGCUGGAGAUGUUGAUGUUCCUGUCCGGCAAGCAAAUCAAUCCCCAGAUGCUCGUGCCGCUGCAGGAGAAGGGCAAGCUGUUCAACAUCUUCGCCAGGAGGGUGGAGAAGGUCAUGGAGGACCGCAGCCCCGACGCCCCUUUCCCGCAUGAGGACAGUAUACUCACCGUCGAAGAGCUCCUCGAGGUUCUGAAUCGAGGAUGCGACGGGCCGGUUCGCAGGACCCGGUUCUCCGUCACCGACGCCAUGUGCUGGUUGCCCAGGCUCGACACACAGGGCAGAGUAUUAUUCCGAGAACAUCUGGAAUGUUAUGGUACCCUCAUGGCGUCGUACCAGGGCACGUAUCCGGAGCACCGGUUCAGCGAUAUAUCACAGUGGAACCCUAACUUGUGGCGGCCCCUAACGGUCAACAUUGGUACCUACAAGGAGCACCCGACUCCUCGCUUGCGGGAGGACCCCACGCAGAUCCGCGUGAGGCAGUACUUCUUCAACCUCGCCUUCCGCCUGGGCGUGACCAUGUUUCGCCUCCGGACGGAGAAGCGGGAGACGUGGGCGAAGCUGGCCCCGGCCAGCACCAGCUCCCUCUUCGACACCAUCGCCAAGUGGAAGGCCGAGUACAAAGAGGCCGCGAAGGGCAUGACCGACGACGAGGCGCUGCGUCUGAUCCGCUCGCGCAUCGUCGCCGAGAGCGCUGCCAACGCGACGAUGCUGGGCCGCGGCCGCCGGCGCACCUACGUCGUCCGCCGGGGCGACGUCGUGACGCCCGACGUGCUGGCCGAGGUGUGGGCGCGCGACCACAACUGGGACUGGGCGUCGGCGCGGGUGCGCGGGCAGAGGCCGCGCUUCUUCGCCCUGGACCGCUGGCCCGUGUCGUUCCAGGCCGAGGCGACGGCGAGGCGCAUCCGCGGGGAGGAGGGCGGCGCCCUCGACCCGCUCAUGGUGUGGGACCCGGUCGCCGAGGAGAGCACCGCGGGGACGUUUGUCCGGCCGAAGUUGCGGAGGUACGGCCAGAGGGAGAAGGUGCGGUUCCGACCGGGACCGGCUAUCUACCCCAUUGGAGACACGCCGCUGCAGCAGAGGGUCAUCCAGGAGCGGAUUACGAAUAUGGUUGCUGAAGCGAUCGGAAUAGACCGCCAACGCCCUCGCACCUGGGCCGAGCGCCUGUCCGGGAUCCUGCCAUUCCACCGGUCCUCGUCGCCGGCUACUGGCGGAGAUCCCCCGCUGCCAAAGAUCGACCCGUCUCUGAUGCCUGUGAGCUGGGACCCCCAAUCGUUGCUCGAGGCCCGACAGGUAGAGGGGGGAGCUGAGGAUGUUGAUGGUGACGUGGAGAUGGCUGGUGCUUGAUUUGUCCGGGUCUCGUCUCUUUUGUUGCCUUUCCCCCUUUUGCCCCUUCGACUGAUUUGACGUUUGUGGAGUUUUCUUCUUUCCUCUUUCACUUUUUCGCCCUGCCUCUCGUCCAUUUCUCUUUUGCUUUGGAGGUGCACGGCCGUCGUCAAUGAACUCUGUACCAAGGGUUCGGUCAGUUACCAGGAGCUUCGGCAGGUGUUUACGGUACAGAUGGGGCCCGUGGAGCUCAUUACAGUCCUUUUUGAGGCAGCAGUUAGGUGUCUUAAUGGCACAGGCCGGUAGUGGUGAUUGUACUCAAUUGCAAUAUUGAUCCUUGG